AUGUCUGCUACCUCGCCCAACAAGUCUUCGCCUUCGCAGAACUGGCCCCUCCCCUCUGAUGGCGUCAGCAUCUACGUCCCAGACGCCUUCCUCCAAGAUCCGCCGACAGAGCGAUGGGCCUCGCCCAGCGACAGUCAAGACGUCUGGAUCCCCGACAUCUUUCGUCCUGCUCCGCCGGGCCCCGCUCAAUCGUCGCAGCAGGCCCUCUCUGCCCUUCUCAAAGGCAAUGACCAUCGAUGCAAGCUUGAUCUGAUGACGUGUCCGAUCUGCGAUGUUCAUGUGUGCGACAUGCCGAAGCUGAGCGAUUUCAUCUACCACAUCACAGAUAAUCACCGCCCCGCAAAGGUGCUCAACGACAAGGGCAAGCUCGUCCACGUGUACAAGGAGACGUGUUUCAUUUCCGGCUGUUCCUGCCAGAUCUGCUGGGUUCCAAAGCCCUGGCACCUUCGCUCCCACAUUCACGAGGGCCUGAAGCAGAUGCUGAGAGACGAGAUCGACGCCUUCUGGCCCCCGUCGAAGCCGAAGGCCAAGCGCCCCAUGUCAACUGGAGCGGCCGAACAGGAGGGCAGCGCUCGCAAAAGCAAGCGCGUGACUAUCCAGGACUAG